UGGGAAAGGAGUACGCGAGACGCAUCGAAGCUGAGGAGAACGCGCGCGCAGGAUGACAGAAGGGCGUAUAGCGUUAAAAGGACCGAAAAAUAAACCAGAGAGAAUUCUACCGAAUUAAUGACAGUGCAUAUGAAAUGGGGUUUUCUCGGUGAGGCGAUUUACUAUCGAAAGAAAAACAUCGCGUUUUUAGGUAGGUGCAGAGGUAUAUGGGAAUGCAGCGGGAAACCGAAUCCUGAAGCGCAAGAUGCCGCAGCGGCGUGCCUUUGAAAAGCAUCCACCCCUGAGAGGAUGAGCACGCGAGCGUAAUUGGUUUGGAAUCUUCCAAAUCUUUUUUUUUGUGGAGAUCAUUUUUGUUUUGUCUUUUUGGAUUGUUGGAUGGCGAGAACGGGCUACGCCGAUCCGACAGCAGGUCGGGAUCUGCUGGGGAGUCGUUCCCUCUGUUUCAUCUUCAUCUGUGCCUUCGCCCUGGUAACGCUCGUGCAGCAGAUCCUUUACGGGAAGAACUACGUCAAAAGGUUUCUGGAGGCCUCCAAUGGGGCCUUGGAGUUCAACUCCAGCUCCUGUCAAAUACUCAGAAAGGAGAUCCUCGACGUCAAGGUCCUCACCAUGGUGAAGACCUCUGAGUUGUUUGAGAGAUGGAGAAAUCUGCAGGUGUGCAAGUGGGAGCAGAACAAGGAGGAAGCAAACAAUUUUAAGAUGUCUCUGUCUCGGUGCUGUAAUGCGCCCUCCUUCUUGUUCACCACGAAGCGCAACACGCCGUCAGGCACCAAGCUGCGCUACGAGGUGGACACCAGCGGCAUCCUGCACAUCGCCCCCGAGAUAUUCAAGAUGUUCCCUGAUGACAUGCCCUACUCAAGAUCGGAGUUUAAGCGCUGUGCUGUGAUCGGGAACGGGGGCAUCAUCAGGAACAGCAAGUGUGGGAAGGAGAUUGACUCAGCUGACUUUGUCUUCCGGUGCAACAUUCCACCCAUCUCUGAUAAGUACUCUGCUGAUGUGGGAUCCAAGACUGACUUUGUCACCAUCAACCCAAGCAUCAUCACAGAGAGGUUCCAGAAGCUGGAGAAGUGGCGCAAGCCGUUCUACGAGGUCCUGCAGACGUACGAGAACGCCUCGGUGGUGCUGCCGGCCUUCUACAACACGCGCAACACCGACGUCUCCUUCCGCGUCAAGUACAUGCUGGACGACUUCGCCUCGGCGCGCGGCGUCUACUUCUUCCACCCGCAGUACCUGCUGAACGUGCAGCGCUUCUGGUCGCUGCAGGGCGUGCACGCCAAGCGCCUGAGCAGCGGGCUGAUGCUGGUGACGGCCGCCAUGGAGAUGUGCGAGGAGGUGCACCUGUACGGCUUCUGGGCCUUCCCCAUGAACCCGGCCGGCGUGGUCAUCUCGCACCACUACUACGACAACGUCAAGCCGCGGCCGGGCUUCCACGCCAUGCCCUACGAGAUCUUCAACUUCCUGCACAUGCACACGCGCGGGACGUUGCACCUGCACACGGGCACCUGUAGCUGA